AUUUCCCCGGUAAGACUCAAACUUUGAUCUUUGCAUAUUUGGAUUUUGUUGUUUUCAGCUGGUUUUCUAUUGCUUGUUUUGUCUUUAAAUUGAGCAUAUUAAGGUUCUGGAAUUUAGGGUUUUCAUCUGACUCGAUUUGCAAUUCAUCCGGUUCAAAGUUGUAUAAGCCCAGGGUUUUGACUAGUUAGCUAAUACAUCAAUGGCUGCGAAAGGACUGAUAUGGGCAACAGCGGAAGAUUUGAGGAGGAACAGAGGACGUGUUCUGUCGCUGUAUCGGCAGUUACUUCGCAGCCUCAAUUCCCCAGAUCUGCCGCUUAAUUUGGCUGCUAGAUUGGCUAAGAAGGCCCAAGUUCGUGCGAUUUUCAUGGUGGCAUCCGAAGAGAGAUCCCUGCACAAUAUACAUGACCUUAUUGACACUGCUCAUUAUUCUCUCUCCAUUCUCAGAAAAGGUGAAAUUCCUAAGCACAUUCAGUAAUUGUAUUUACACCUUUAGCUAUGUAUUCCAUUUCAGAAAUGCGACUUUUCUUUGCAUAGUUAAUACACAAAUGAGCCUUCAUUA